AUGAAGAGCGUGACUGACCAGAAUUUGUUUCAGACAAUGGAUCAAUUCCGAGACUUUCAGACUUUUAUCAAGAAGAUUGACAAAUAUGGAAUGCGUUCAGGCAUUGUGAAAGUGGUGCCUCCAAAAGAAUGGUCCGAAUCACUUCCCCCGCUGGACGAGCAAGUCAAGAAAAUCCGAGUGAAGAAUCCCAUCACCCAAGACUUUUACGGCACCCACGGAAAAUACACUCAGGCCAAUGAGGAGCGCCAGCGUUCUUACAAUCUUCCACAGUGGAAGGGUCUUUGCGAAGAAAGCAGCCACCAGCCCCCUGCUCGUAGGGGCGAAAGGCGUCGCAACCAAGAGCGAGUCAAUCGUGCGGCCCCCACACCACGACCUCAAUCUGUUCGUCCGGAAGGCCAAAAGCGCCGACCAGGUCGCCCACCGAAACGGACGAAUCAAGUCAAGGUCAAAGAAGAGCCUCCUGCCGACGACGCCGAUAGAUCCAGACUGGAGGGCCCCCCGACGCCUGUUUCUCCCGAGACGAAUCCUGUGCAGGCCAAGACUGAGGAUCUAAGUGAUGGCGAAUCCUUACCCCCUGCGAAGCCAAAAGGACGUCAAUCCAAAUCUGUGACCUCUCGUCGAAAGAACAACCGAGGCGAUGCCAUGGAACAAGCCGAUGAGGAGUUGUAUACGGGCUUUGACUACCGUAUUCACGACAAUGAAGAAUACACUGCGGAACGAUGCGAGGAGCUCGAGGCCAACUACUGGAAAUCACUCACAUUCAACCAACCGUUGUAUGGUGCUGAUAUGCCCGGCUCGCUUUUCGAUGAUAGCACGGAAUCCUGGAACGUUGCCAAAUUGCCGAAUCUCCUGGACGUCCUAGGCCAGAAGGUUCCAGGGGUCAACACUGCCUAUCUCUACCUAGGCAUGUGGAAGGCCACCUUCGCGUGGCACCUUGAGGAUGUUGACCUCUACAGCAUCAACUACAUCCAUUUCGGCGCGCCAAAGCAAUGGUAUAGCAUCUCACAGGAAGACGCGCCCCGUUUCGAGCAGGCCAUGCGGAGCAUCUGGUCGAGUGACGCGAAGAACUGUGACCAAUUCCUUCGCCACAAGACAUACCUUGUCUCGCCGAGUAUCCUCAAGUCUCAAUACGGUAUCACUGUCAACCGCUUGGUCCAUUACGAAGGGGAAUUCGUGAUCACUUUCCCCUAUGGGUAUCACUCUGGAUACAACAUUGGAUACAACUGCGCCGAGUCGGUCAACUUCGCCACUGAGCAGUGGCUUGACUAUGCUCGAAUCGCCAAGAAAUGCAAUUGUGAAGCAGACAGUGUCUGGAUUGACGUGGGCGAAAUCGAACGCAAGCUACGAGGCGAGAGUACACCGGAAUACUACGGUGAAUUCGAGAGCGAGUUCGAUGGGUUUGAAGGAGCCUCCGACCUUCUCACGCCGCCACGCAGCGUGCCUGAAAAGGGUGCUACCCGUGGCCGAAAACGGAAGAACCCGGAUGACGGGCCGAGCACCAAACGUCCCAAACUCCACCCUGACGGACCACGAAAGCUUCCAUGUCUGUUGUGCCCUAAUGACCUCGAAUAUGAGGAUCUGCUACCCACCGAAGAUGGGAAAGGCCAUGCACACAGGCGCUGUGCGUCAUUCAUCGAAGAGACCACAAUCCUUCGGGACGCAUCUGGCACAGAGGUUGUGUGUGACGUCGAUAAGAUUCCCAAGGCCCGUCUGGGCCUCAAGUGCCUCUUCUGUCGCGAAGUCCAUGGCGCCUGCUUCCAGUGCAACUUCGGCAAAUGCACUCGCGCCUAUCAUGCGACCUGUGCUCUUCUGGCUGGAGUUCAAGUUGAACAUGGUGUGAUCGGGGUGAUUGUCGAGGAUGGGACCCAGUACUCAAUCCCGAGUGUUGAUUUGAAAUGCAAGUUUCAUCGUCAGAAGCGGCCCAUUGGAACCCUGGCGGAAUCAUUUGAUGCGGAACGCCGUGUCACUGAAGCGGCUCGUCAUUUGGUUCAAGGCAAUCUGGUUCAAUUCCAAGCCGACAAGGAGAUCAAUGGCGCCAUUGUCAUUGAGAAUCGUUAUUCCGAGCGAAGCUUGGUCCUAAAGGUUCUCCCGAGAGGAGAUGUGAUCGAAAUGCCAUACCGUUGGCUGCUGGUGGUUCGCAAGAGCAAUUUCCAACCUCUUGCGGUUGGAAUCAAACCCCUCCCUGCACACCUAGCGCGAAAACCCGAACAACGAAAGGAGUUAGAGUCAGCGGUACCCGCGGCAGGCAGUGCAUUUGGUGAUGCCCGAUCUCCCUAUCAGUGGGCCGAAUUCGAGACGGUGGAUGCAACUAAGAAUCAUUUCGCCCCACUCCGUUCGGUCAAUCUCGAACAGAGCGAACAAAUUUGGUAUUAUUUGGGCAAGCAGUCCACCGAGAGUAGGGCACAGUAUACGCACAACCCUACUGUGCCCAUCCACAAUCCUCGGGCCAAUUUCCUGGAUAGCGUCAAGUCGCUUGGCGUCAAUGUCACGGCGAAGAUCUCACCCCACCACUUUCAUUAUGCUCCCACCGCCCCUGCCCCUCACCAAAAUCUUUACCAACGAUCGAAUGUUAACACCCCUCACCUACAAUCCCGACCGCCCUCUUCUGCCUUGCAGCAUCUUGCCCCUCCCCCUCCCCAUAUCCCUGCCGGUGCUGCUGCUGCUGGAGCUCCUGCGAUGCCGUCGGCCUUUCGAAGUCUACCCAAUCAGUCCGCCCGUCAUGCCCCCUAUCCUUCGGUCGCCAAGUCGCACGCUCAGCAGCAGCAUCACCUUCCGUCCACCAAUACAUUUGCCAAUGUACGAGAGCUUAUCGCCCGCCGUCGCCUAGCACAAAUUACCGACCAUGCCAAUGUCUUCGCCGGAUACGACAUCGUCAAAGCCGAGAUGGUGGUCGAAACCUUAUUGGGUCCCAUGGGAUCAAUACCACCAACCAAUGGUCUCGAAAAGCUUGAGUUGGCCAUGGCCCAGCAACGGGUGCAGCCACGUGCUGCGGAUGGCACAUUGCUGCCACCUCAGACCCUGAACAUGCGGUCGGAAGAGGUCACUCGCCUUCUUCAGAUGCUCCGAUUCUCGCUGGUGAGUCAUCGCGAGCGACUCGAUGUGAUUCAGAAGAAAGAGUCCGAGGGUGUCAAACAGGAGAUUGUAGAUCGAGGUAGCGUGGCGGCGGCCAAAAUGCCCGGCAAAUAUGCCUACCUCGAUCAACAACGGGAGCUCACCCCCAAUGUUUAUCAGUCUCCUUACAACAUGCCAUCGGGUCUUUCCGAGUACGCCAAGACUACCUAUGGGUUGCUUCCGGCUGCCGACGAACCACCUAAGCCUUCGCUGGCCAACGACUUUUUCAACAAUCUGCCACCCGAUAUGCAGGAAAAGAUCCUCAAAUCAUGCGGCAACUUUGUGCAGCGUGCAAUUCAACGAUCAGCCACUCACAGUCGACAAAGCUCAACAGGGUCGAAUCUUCGACUCUCGGCGGCGUUGGCACAACAGACGGAAAAUCCGACCAUCGACAUCACCCCGGUGGAUGAUCCUCCUCUUCUCUCGGGUCUCGACAUGCCACUUCACGCAGAUUCUCCGUGCUCUAGUUUUGGCCGGUCGCAUCUUCGAUUCCAGUCGCCUAAUGAGUUCCCCAUGCAUGGGCCCGAACCCCACCCCGACCACCAUGAUCUCUUUGGAGAUCAGCAAGCGAACACUCGUUUCUGGCAGAAUGGUCCCUGGGUCGCUGGGGAUGGCAAUACUCCAAACGACGAGAAUCGACCGUUCUUUGGGCCUCACAUCUUCGGAGCGCAUGACCGAUUAAAGCAUGAUUAUGCUUCUUCGGAUGUCUCCCUGGGUAAGGGACCUGGAUCCUUGCACUCUGUUGACAUGGCUGGCUUCGGUCCGGACAACGAGGAUCUCGGACUCAGCCCCUAG